AUGAGUUGCACGAACCUAAAAGGUUCUGGCGGCAAAAAGUCGGAUACGCCUCACGGAAAACCGCACGGGGGACGAAGAAGCACAUCGCCAUUUGCGACACGCGAAUGCCCCGAUUUCGGCGCGCCGUUCUUUUUCAUCGGCGACGACGAGAAAAAAACCGUCGAAAUUAAAGCGAAUCAACAAUUCGAGCAAUUCCGUGGCUUCUCAACAGAAAUUCCAACUCAGUAUCGAAUGUCGGCGCAGCAGCAAGUGCGAAACAAUAAUCCGUGGACAUCGAUGCCGAACGCGGUCGGGUUUGGGAAUAGAGCAUGCGAUACUAACAAUCAUCGGCUACGCUCGUUGAGCGUCUCAUCGUCGACGACAUCGACGCGCGAGCCGAAUGUCGCGUUGAAAAAGACGAAACUUUGCGAUCAUUGGCGUCGAUCCGGCGUUUGCACGUAUGGCGAGAAUUGUUGGUACGCGCACGGCGAGAAUGAUUUGCGACGGAAUGGAACGACGACGCGAGAAACGAGUAGUGCGGAAACGCGAAAUUCGAUGAAGAUUCAACCAAAUAUGGAGAACGACAAAGUUGUUGUUGGGACCACGUCGACAGCGAAAAAGGGCGAGACGGCAAAACCAGCGGAUGAGCACGGAAAGCAGAAGCGCACUUCGACGAACAUUAAGAACCUGACGGUCAAGAUUCCGAUGGCACCAACAACCACCACCACCACCACCAAUGACAAACAAUUGCCGCUGUCGCCGGCGCAAGAGCGCUGGAUUUCGAUGACGGGCAGUCCGCCGAAGUCGGCGACGUCCGACGCCGAUGAGCGAUCGCAAUUGUCGAACUCGUCGGGCUCGACGGUGGUUUUGCGGAACGUCGAGAAUUUGAGCACGAAAUUCGCCAAAUUGGCAAUGGAUGAGCAGCAUUUGUUUAUGGCGCAACCGCCGCCGCAAAUCCGCACCAACAUCCAGGCGGCAUUUGCGAAUCGAUUCGCGAAUUCGUCGUCGGCGUUCAACGGCAACAACAAUCAGAUGAACGUCUACAAUCGUCCGAUUGGACGUGCCGCCCCUCAAGCGAAGAAUUAUGCGGCUGCUUAUGGUGGAGGUCGUGUGAAUCCGCAUUUGGACGCUUAUGGCGGCUAUCGCCAGCCGUCGUACUUUGAGCCGCCGAUGAGGGACGCGUAUGUUCCGCAAAUGCAGCGGACCAACACGAACUUGGUCGAUGAGAUUUAUCGCCGACAGCGCAUCGUCGAAUCCGGCGGUGAGCUCGAGGCACUUCGCGAGCAGCAGGCGAUUAUCGAGCAACAACGCAAGAAUCAUGAGCUGAUGCGUAUGUAUGGUGUCGACGAUCCGUAUGGAUUGAUCGGCAAGGCGAAUGCGGGCGUGUGCGCCGUCGACAGAAGCGCCAAGUUUACGCCGAACUUCUAUCACGGUCUCGAUUACAAUGCGAAUCGGCCGUAUCCGCCGGCGGCGAUCAAGGCGAAUGAAGCUCAUUAUGGAUAUCAGCACUAUCCCGCUGGAUAUGGAUGUCAGCAGCAGAAGCAGCAGCCGAAGGGCGAGUUUAAGCUAACUCUGGCGCCGAAGAUCACCGAGUCGUUGCUUCCUGAUGAGGAUUUCUCGAUUUGGUUGGAUAAGGCGGAGAAGAAGGAAUCGGCGAUUCCGGAAAAGAAGGAGGCGAAAGUUUCGUCGCUUUGCGAGCUUCUCUUCGGCGAGACGCCGAUGAGUUCGAAGAAGGCGAAUAGUGGCGUGUUCAAUUUCGACGCGGUUUUGAAAGUUUCGCCGUCAGACAAGCCGCCGAUCAGUCCGACGCCGCUUUUUGUGAUCGCCGAGAAGACGCCGAAUCAGGACGUCGCUGAAAAGGAGAUCUGCGCGUUCUAUUCGACGAGCGGCUGCUGCCCAUUCGGCGAUUCGUGCGCUCUGGAUCAUAAGUUGGAAUUCAGCGAGUCAAAAACGCCGAUGUAA